UGUAAUGUGAUCUGCGCAGAUGGCUGCCGGCCCCCCUCCACGUGGAAUGCACACACAUACAUGGACAUAGACAUAGCUAAUCAAUUGUCAUACGACAGUGGCCAUAUCGCGAGCCAGUCUCCCCCGUUUCGUCGCCCGUGGGGGCUUAGCAGGUGGCAGUCACAUCCAAACGCAUAUGCGUGCAAGGCCAUUAUCGACGAGAACGCACCCGUGUGUCCUAGGCCAAGAUGCGGUGAGGAACCCGGUGUACGGGUGGUGGUGAUGGUGGUGGUGAUGGAUGAUGGUCAGGCAUCUGCCUGCCUGAUGGCAGCAGGGACGGGUACUCCCUCUUCCUUGCUCCCAACUCACGCUUCAGGAAUGUAA